CGAUAACCAAAAUAUUAUUAUUCUUUGUCAAAGACCAGCUUUGGCAUUACUAUACAAUUUUCGGGCUAGAUCAACCACUGCAGCCCAGUAAGUAACUAGUUCGGGCAGUAUAUAAACCUGCCGUCGAUUCAGCUGCAAUUCUAUACACCAUCGAACGCCCGAACAACUACGACGCAGUAGUCGAGAGCUCCAAAUUCGUUUAAUCUGUCACAUAAAUUCGCUGCAACAAGUUAAACGUGAAAUAAACGCGUCAUCGAACGAAAUAUAUUGAGCAAUUCUACAGAAACUAUAGAAGACAUUGCGAAAAUGCCGGAAAAGCUUUUUAAAAUCACCUACCAGGGAGACGUCGCUGGACCCCAAAAGAAAAUUAACGCAUACUUGCGAUUGCCCAGCCAGAAUUACACCAUACUGCGCGGCGAAAUUGAGCUAUAUCUUUUCCAUGAACGCCAGCUGCCGAAAUGCGAUAUAAGGACCUUCUGGAUCGAUACUGAUCAGGAUGAAAUCGAAAUGAUCAACCAAAAUGACUAUGAGAUUUUCCUGGUCAAGUGCGCGGACACUAUGCAUGUUCAAGUGGCUCCAUUGGCGUCUGUAGUAGAGGAGCCAAAGGCCUCCAAGCAGGAGAAGUCUUCGACCAACGCCCCAGCUCCUUCCGUUGACGAUCCGAGCAAUUUCACCAUCCAUGACUUGGUCACCUGCGAUGGCUGCGGCUUGGACCCGUUGAUUGGCUUUCGUUAUAAGUGCAUCCAGUGCAGCAACUUUGAUCUUUGCCAGAAGUGUGAGGCGGCCCAUAAGCAUCCCGAGCACUUGAUGAUUCGCAUGCCGACCAACAAUGGGCCCACUUCGAUUGAUGCCUGGAUUACCGGGUCGGGUCCAUCGGGACGCCGCUGUGGCCGUCGCUCCAAGGGUCACUGCCCGUUCCAGGAGGCCGCACAGGCUGCUCCCGGUGGCGAUCCCACCAGGGAGAGUCGCCGAGAACGUCGUCACACCCGUCGCCAUGGCGGUGUCUUGUCCCAGUUUGUGGAGAUGAUAUCUAACUUGCCGCUGAAUGACACUGCGGCGGCCACUGCAACAGCUGAACCGGAAAAGCCCAAGGCUACAGCACCACCACCAAGUGCUCCAAAAGCUGAGCCCACUGUUACCGCUCAAAAGGCAGCAGAAACCGAGGCCAAGCCGCCAACUGAACCGAAGAAGGUAAAUGCUGCUCCAACUGUUCCCCCAACCGAGGAUCCAGUGAUUACUCCAACCACUCCAGUGACUACUCCAACCACUCCAGUGAUCAACCUGGAGAACUUGUCGCAGAUGGUGCCACCCGAGUACAUGCGCGCUGGCAUCGAGAUCCUGAACAAUUUCAGCGAAAUGUUUGCCAAGAUGAUCGAUCCUUCUGAGCUAGGAGAUUCGGGAAUUUUCGGUCCCUCAAUGACUACCAGCGAUGAGACCAAGAAACCAGAGGAGAAGGCUCAAUCCAGUGGCCAGUCUACUGCUUCUUCGGCCAGCCAGUCAGCUGCUCCCUCUGCAGCUCCAUUAGCUGCCCCCUCUGCACCUCCGUCGUCUAUUCCCUCAGCUGCUCCCUCGGCCAAUCAGUCAAAUGCCCCAUCUGCUACUCCCUCUAUUUCUGGAUCCAUGUCUGGUGAACCCUUGGAGACAGAACCGCUGAUUUCCAAAUCAGCUGUAGCUGCCCCAGUGACCUCCACCGAGCCGGAGGAGGGUAGAAGCCGUUCGGAAAGCUUGGACCAGGACUGGCAAGUUAUUGACAAUGCCUACUCCGCAAACAACACCAACUUGAUCAAUCUGGAGUCGACCAAUCCCACUGCUGCUCCACAGCAGCCGGUGCGUGACUUUGGUCAGCUGAGCGAACUUUUGCGUCAGCACAUUAAUGAAGAGGCCCGCGUGGAGCAGGCUACAGCCAACACCCAGACUUCUCAGGUGGAUACGGUGAGUACUUCGACCUCGACCACAUCAGUUUCCACCAAUAGCGUGGGCACUUCCCCAGCAGCUCCUGAGGAAAAGCGAAGUGUGCCCGUCUACCACACCGAUGAACGCAUCAAUGCAUCGAUCCACGCCAUGAUGGCUAUGGGAUUCAGCAACGAGGGUGCCUGGCUCACCCAGCUUUUGGAGUCGGUUCAAGGCAAUAUUCCAGCCGCCUUGGAUAUUAUGCAUGUCUCGCAGAACCGCAACUAAAUAUUCAUAUUCAAUAUAUCCAUAUAUCCACAAUGUAUCUUCAAUAUUUAUAAGACCCAACGAAAAAAGGGAAUUCAUUUUAUUGUUUCUGUUAACUAUGUAGUUUUAGAUUUUUCUGUGGUGCUUGACUAAUCUCGUUACCAAAAAAAAAAAAGUGAAAAUGUAUGUAUAUUAUGUUUUAAAUAAUCAACAGCUAUAUGUGUGAAAUUACAAUAAAGGCACAAAAUCAAAA